AUGUCCAGCCUUGCUGCCGGCCUCAAGCGACCUCCCUUACGUUCUGCCUUGCGCAGGAGACACGCCCCUGAUGUUUUACAACGUCGACCGCCCUUUGCGAGCUGCAGCCGGAGGCGCCUCAGCACUGGCGAUACCGCGGGUGGAGGGCAGUCGCGCAUCUCGACGGUCUUUACGAUACUUCUGGGUGUUGGGAUAGCGACGACUGGCUAUGGAAUUUACCAGUUCUACCAGACGUUUACGUUAUGGCCACCAGAAGUCCGUGGAGACCUCCGCGCUGGGAUUAAAGCGAAGCGCAAUGGAGACUUGGUACUCGCUGAGCGGUACUUGCACAGGGCAUUAGAAACCGCGCACUCCCUCCCCCUCUCCGCCUUCGCACACGAGCCCUACCUCAAACUCUCCGGCAUCUCCAUCGCCCUCGCAGAAGUCCUCGAAGCGAACAGCAAGCCCGCCGAGGCGUACGCGACCUACUCCGACGCGCUCGCGCGCCUGCAGAAAGCCAUCGCCUAUAGCGAGCAGCUCAAGGAGCUGGUGCUCACGGGCCCGGAACGCCUGCGCGGCGUCGCGCUCGCGUGCAAGCUCGGCGAGAUGGCGGACGCGUACCAGCAGCCGGCCGAGGAGGAGGAGCGCUGGCUCACGUGGGCCGUCGAGGAGCUGCUGCGCACGCUCGCGGACCUGCGGCAGCACCGCGACGUGCAGCUCGCGGCGCAGCGGGAGGAGAAGGGCAAGGACGUGCAGCUUGUGCUGGCGGAUCUGGACUUGCCGCGGUGGGUGACGAAGACGGAUGUGGGCGCGCCGAUCGAGGCGCUCGGCGCGUUCUACGCGAAGACUGGCAAGGUUGAUUAUGCUAUGACGCUGUACCUUCAAGCCAUAUCUAUCCUCAUGCCUCCUGCGGGAUCAGGAACCAGUGCAUCUACCGAGGACAGCUGCCGCGCUGCGCAACUCAUGAGCAAUCUCUCCGAGCUGAUUAUGCGCGGAGCACCAACGCCCGAUAAGCUACAUCAAGCAGAAGCGUGGGCGCAGCAAGCCCUAGCUGUCAUCAAUAAAACCACAAAGACCCACCGGGGCAACCCAGAACAGAUCGCGGGUUGCGAGCAUGCCCUGGCCGCCGUGUUAUUCAACUUGGGGUCACUGAGAGAGGCGAGUGCUAUGAACAACGACCGAGCCGCGGCGAAAGACUACUUCGCCACCAGCCUGGAGCAGUCAAAACGCAUGCAGUCGAAAGAGGGUGUAAUCGAGGCGACGACGGCGCUGCGCCGCCUCGAGAGGCUUGACCGUGCCUCUACAAAGAAAACCAGCGAUGCAUAACAGGGACAAUAAAUACGUUGCGAUGUUCGGACAACCAUGGGAGGGACAAAAUCAAUGAAUGCACAAGAUCAUGAGAGUAUACACGGCGGGCAAAGCAGGUGUCCUUUUUCC